AUCUCAUGCCUGCUCAUGAUGUCUCUUGCCUUGGAGAAAAGCGGGAGCCGCAAGAAGAAGAAAACCAAGGAAUCCGACCGCGACCUCAACCUGCUUGGUUUUUCCGACUCCGACACCAGCGGCGGCGAGGAGGCUGGGCACCUGGGAAAAGGGAUGCAGGCUGUAGCCACGCUACACCGUCUGCACGAGAGCAUUCGGAAGCGGCCCCAUCGCCUCAUUCAGCAGUUCGAGGCCGAAGUGAUUCGCGAGCUCGGCGUGAUACCGGGCCAAUCGUGGACUCUAAACGACUGGGUGCGUCGGCAAAGCUGGGGCAAGUUCAAGGGGCUGCAGAGGACGGCGGUCCAGGACGUCGAGGUCUACGAGCUGCUCCGCAACGGCGAGUCGACGGCGGCAGCGGCGCAGGUGAUUCAGAAUCUCAAGAGCAAGGUCCAGUGCGUGCUUCAGGGCGGGGACUGGCAGACAGCGUGGCUGCUCACGGGCUUGGAGGACCCGCUGUCCAAGAAGGAGUUCGCGGGCUCCAAGCAGGAGAUGGCGAUCGUGUCUUCCUAUGUCAAGGCGCUCCACGACCUCAAGAAGAAGGUGAGAGAAGGCCAUGCAGCAGCAGGAGACGAGGACGGAGACGCCCAGGCGGGCGAGCAGAUUGUGCAUCCUGCCUUGCUUUAUGGGAAUUCAAGGUUUAUUUCUUAUGUGAGUUGGUUUGAGGGUGCCCAAAGUUUUCUGCUGGAGCGGUCCGGCGACGAUGUACCACUCUUUCCGAGUGCCCUGCCCUUCCCGGAAGUGAUGGAGACGGCGGGACUUCAACUGGAUGCUCCGGGUGCGGUGGCUUGGUGGUCCAGGGCCUUCGUGAAUACGUUUGUGGCCUGGGGCAACUUUGUCACUUUGGGGUGUCCGGCUGAAGGGGCGGGCGCAUACGAGCCGCGAGUGAGCUACAGAUGUGUGGCGGAGGCCCGAGCCUUUGCCACGGAGCUCCUCGGCGAGGUGGAGGAAUUUGCCGCUUUGGAUCUGAUCUUGGGACGGUUAGGUUGCCUUGGGAAGCGAGGUUGUAUAGAGGAGCUGCUCAAACAGAUUCGUCGUAGGGCCUUCGUGAAUACGUUUGUGGCCGCCCAGGUGCCGGGGAAAGUUUCGACUGCCCUUCCGGUGGUCCCUUCGCGUGUGGCCCUGCCGCCCAAGGCGGGGCAGGUGGAUCCUUGCGAAUGGCUUCCUCCCGAGCGUGCGGCUGUCUUGCAGGACUUGGGCCGCCUUAGGCGGGCCGAAGAGGACUGGAGUGACGUGCCCCUGGCAUGCCACAGAGUGGAGCCGAGCGAGGAG